CAGUGUAAAAUCCAGAUGAAAGGAAAAAGAAAACGGUGUCGUUUUGAUUGAAUGACUUCCGGCUCUGAUCCUUUCUCACUGAUUUCUCAGCCCACAUCUCCACUCCAUCUGUGAAAAAACCCUUUGGAAUUUCAAAGCCCUAAUUCUCAAAUCCACAUCCCGCCGAAGCUUUCUGCAACUCCAAUGGCGCUUCCACCAAUUCUUCAUCACUCUCACUCUCAUUAAACUUCUCCACAGCGGUCCCAUGGCCAGUCACUGUACUCUCAAUUCUCCACAUUUUCCCUCUCUCCCAUUUCUCUCUCGCCCCAAAACCAGAACCAAAACAAAAAAUUUAGCUAUUCGUCCACCAAUUAUCUCAUACCACUUCUCCACUUCUCAACCCCAAGAAUAUGAAGAUAACGACAUGGAAAGCAAAAAGGCGAAGCAAAACCCUUGCAAAUUCCUCAACCUCUCCAUAACUCUCACCAUCAUUUCCGCCUCUCUCCCCCAACCCUCCCUCGCAGCCGCUGCCGUCGGAAAAUCUGCAGGAAAAAAGCGUUCCUCGAGAAAACCAGAAGCGCUGACACCCCAAGAACUGAAAUCGUGGACAGAAGGACUUCCCGUUGUGACGGACCGUGUUCCUUAUACGGACAUUUUGGAUUUGAAACGAGAGGGAAAGCUUAAGCAUGUAAUUAAGCCGCCCGGUGGACCUGGGGUCGGGCUGAGGCAGAGGGCGGAGGCAGUUUUGGUGGUUUUAGAAGAUUCUAGGGUUUUGAGGACGGUGGUGCCCUCUGUAGAGAGGGAUAGGAGGUUUUGGGAAAUGUGGGAUGAGUUGAAGAUUGAUAGCGUUUGUGUGAAUGCGUAUAGUCCGCCAGUGAAGGGGCCGGAGCUCCCAGUCCCUUAUUUAGGGUUCUUGUCCAGGAUACCGGCAUAUAUGUUUUCAUUUGUGAAACCGAAGCCUGUGUCUAAGAGGGCAAUGGAGAUAAAGAGGGAGAGAGAGGAGUUGAAGAGGAACAGGAAGAAUGAGUUGGUGAGGAUGAGGGAGGAGAGGGAGAUGAUGGAGAAGGCCAUUAGAGUGCAAAAGAGGAUGGAAGAGAGGAGAAUAAGGAGGGAGUUGAAGAAGAAAAAGUACGAGGAAUCAACGCGUGAUGCAAGGAGGAAAUAUGAACGUAUGGCAAAUUUUUGGGCCAAUUUGGCUGCGGACUCAAAUGUGGCAACUGCACUUGGGUUUGUGUUCUUUUACAUAUUUUAUAGGACGGUUGUCUUAAGCUAUAGGAAGCAGAAGAAAGAUUAUGAGGAUAGAUUGAAAAUUGAGAAAGCAGAGGCAGAGGAGAAGAAGAAAAUGAGGGAACUAGAGAGACAGUUGGAGGGAAUUGAGGGUGGGGAAGAUGAGAGUGAGAUUGUGGGAGGUGAGCAGAAUCCUUACAUGAAGAUGGCUAUGCAGUUCAUGAAGUCCGGAGCUCGUGUUCGCAGGGCACAUAAUAAGAGACUCCCUCAAUAUUUAGAGAGAGGUGUGGAUGUGAAGUUUACCGAUGUUGCUGGACUUGGGAAGAUAAGGCUUGAGCUUGAGGAGAUUGUGAAAUUUUUUACACAUGGUGAAAUGUAUCGUAGGCGAGGAGUAAAAAUACCAGGGGGCAUACUUCUUUGUGGCCCUCCAGGGGUGGGGAAGACUUUGCUCGCAAAAGCUGUGGCAGGUGAAGCAGGUGUGAACUUCUUCUCCAUCUCUGCGUCUCAGUUUGUGGAAAUAUAUGUUGGGGUUGGUGCUUCUCGUGUACGGGCACUUUACCAAGAAGCAAAGGAAAAUGCUCCAUCUGUUGUCUUCAUUGAUGAGCUGGAUGCUGUUGGUAGGGAGCGUGGUUUGAUCAAGGGAUCUGGCGGACAAGAACGUGAUGCUACUCUUAAUCAGCUUCUUGUUUGUUUGGAUGGAUUUGAAGGGAGAGGAAACGUGAUUACUAUUGCCUCCACAAAUAGACCGGAUAUUUUGGAUCCAGCACUUGUGAGACCAGGACGGUUUGAUCGAAAAAUUUAUAUUCCUAAGCCUGGCAUAAUAGGACGCAUUGAAAUUCUGAAGGUUCAUGCUAGAAAGAAGCCAAUGGCUGAGGAUGUGGACUAUAUGGCAGUUGGUAGUAUGACUGAUGGAAUGGUUGGUGCAGAGCUAGCCAACAUUAUUGAGGUUGCUGCCAUAAACAUGAUGCGUGAUGGAAGGAGUGAGAUUACAACCGAUGACUUAUUACAAGCGGCACAAAUAGAAGAAAGAGGAAUGCUGGAUAGAAAGGAGAGAAGCCCUGAGAUGUGGAAGCAAGUAGCUAUUAAUGAAGCAGCAAUGGCUGUAGUAGCUGUGAACUUUCCUGAUCUAAAAAAUAUUGAGUUUGUCACAAUUUCUCCCAGAGCUGGCAGGGAAUUGGGUUACGUUCGGAUGAAAAUGGAUCACAUCAAGUUUAAGGAAGGAAUGCUUAGUCGGCAAUCCCUCCUGGAUCAUAUCACUGUUCAACUAGCACCGCGUGCUGCUGAUGAGAUUUGGUAUGGUGAAGAUCAGUUGAGUACCAUAUGGGCUGAAACAGCAGAUAAUGCUAGAUCAGCAGCAAGGACCUUUGUUCUUGGUGGCCUUUCUGAGAAACAUCAAGGGUUAUCUAGCUUCUGGGUUGCGGAUCGAAUUAAUGAUAUUGAUUUGGAGGCAUUGCGGAUCUUAGAAGUUUGUUAUGAACGUGCAAAAGAGAUCCUGAAGCAGAAUCGAAAACUCAUGGAUGCUGUGGUUGAUGAACUUGUCCAGAAGAAAAGUCUGACCAAGCAAGAAUUUUUUCGCCUAGUUGAGGUGCAUGGCUCCCUUAAACCUAUGCCACCUAAUAUUCUUGAUAUCAGGGCUGCCAAGCGUAUACAAUUCCAAGAAAGGAUGAUGAACCAGAGAGAGGCAGCAGUAGGGAAGAACAUUUGAGCACAGUACCAAGAGAACUAUCUGACAGCAUGGUUAGCACCAUAAACUGAGACCUGGUGUUUUUCGUCCAAAGCAGAGUCAACAUGUUGAACUAGACCUGGCAAAUUACUUCGGUUCUGAAGGAAGAAUACAGCUUGAUACUGAGGAAGCAAGGCCAUCGCUGCCAAAUAAAACUCAUUCACAGUGUGGGCAUAAGUAGGUGGUCAUCUAAAUGCGAUUUGAUUCAGAAUUCAAUUCUGCUCUGCCCUAAUCAUAACAAUUGGGCACUGAGAUUUUGUAAUCAUAUUACACAGUUUCAAUUGAUUUUAUACGAGGAACACAGGUUACAUGUGGUAUGUUGUUUCGAUCUUCA